GUCAAUCCGAGCUUGUCAUCCUCUUUCCCGUGCACAUGGGAAGUGUGUUUUCCAUGUGCUCAACCGUACUGUGAUCGUAUUUAUUUAGUCGUAAAAUGGGCAAAGCCAGUAAAAUCAAGGUCGGCAAACAGCGCCGUAAUGUGCCUCUAGACGAACAGCUGAAGGAGGAGGUGACGGCGAGAAAAGCCAGAGUAAAGUCGAGGAACCGAAAGGAUGAAGACGAACUGUUUGUCGACGACAAGCUCACGCAGAAGAUUCUGGACCAGGCUCGCAAGCAGCAGGAGGACUUGGAAGAAGAGCAUGGACUCCAGUCCAGCUCAUCUGGGGUCACGUUCAAGGUGCCUGAUGCCAAGCCGCGGCUGCUUGUCAACAAGGGCGCAUCGAGUGAUGAAGAAGAUGAUUACGAGGAGCCUCCUGAGGACAACACGUAUUACGAGACGAUCGAGGUGGAUGAGGCUGAUGAGAAGGCGCUUGAGUUGUUCAUGAACGAGAACACCAAGUCUCGGCGCACAUUGGCCGACAUCAUCAUGGAGAAACUCAAGGAGCACGAGACAGAGGUGGCGACCUUGUUCUCAGAUGCGGGCAGUGUGCAAAUGGCCGACCUUGACCCCAAGGUUGUGGAGAUGUACCGUGGGGUGAAAAAAGUGCUCAGUCGGUACCGCUCUGGCAAAUUACCCAAGGCAUUCAAGAUCAUCCCUGCACUCUCAAAUUGGGAACAGGUGCUCUACCUAACUGACCCUGACUCGUGGUCAUCAGCAGCGAUGUACCAGGCAACCCGCAUCUUUGCUUCAAACCUCAAGGAAAAGAUGGCUCAGAGGUUUUACAACCUUGUCCUGCUACCACGUGUGCGAGACGACAUAGCUGAGUACAAGAAGCUCAACUACCACCUGUACCAGGCCCUGCGGAAAGCCCUGUUCAAACCUGGUGCCUUCUUUAAGGGGAUCAUACUUCCUUUGUGCGAGUCGGGAACUUGCACCCUACGUGAGGCCAUCAUCGUUGGCAGCGUGUUGAGUAAGAACUCUGUGCCCAUGCUGCACGCUUGUGCAGCCAUGCUGAAGAUCGCAGAGAUGCCCUACACAGGCGCAAACUCCAUCUUCCUGCGGCUACUGAUCGACAAGAAGUACACGCUGCCCUACCGAGUCAUCGAUGCAGUGGUGCACCACUUCCUCAGGUUCGAACGGGAACAGCGGGAGCUGCCCGUGCUGUGGCACCAGUGCCUUCUGAGCUUCUGCCAGCGCUACAAGGGCGACAUCUCGUCCGAGCAGAAAGAGGCCCUGUUGGCGCUGCUGCGUGCCCAGUCGCACCAUACCAUCACACCCGAGAUACGUUGGGAGCUGCAGCACGCCACCUGCCGCGACGUCGAGGUGCCCGAGCCCAUGCCACAGGAGGGGGAGGAGUCUGCAGCCCCCCUUGCCAGCAGAGGGGGGAGCACGGAAGAAGAACCUUCGUCCAAAAUGGUCGCGUGACGAGGAACAGCUGUGCGGGAUAUAGCGGAGGACAGCCUGUCCACUACGGGGUGUAAAAUAAAGCUUACUGUGAGCAAUGAGAAA